AUGACGGCUUCAAGGACGACAAGAGCAUUGGUAUUGAGGAAGUACGAUGGGACGCUAGAGCUCGAGACGCUCAAUGUCACUGCCCCGGGGCCGAAAGAGGUGCUGGUGGAGAUGCACGCAUCGGGGAUCUGCCACACAGAUCUCACGUGCAUGAAAGAGGGGUUUCCUGUACCGUAUAUUUUAGGACAUGAAGGCGCGGGCACCAUCCUCGAAGUCGGCAGCGACCUGACCUCCAAAUUCUCACCUGGGGAGUCCGUGCUCCUCACCUUCAACCAUUGUGGCGCAUGCACCGCCUGCUCCUCCGCACACCCAGCCUACUGCCAGAACUUCAUCCCGUAUAACAUGGGCGGCCGCCGCCUGACCGACGGAACCUUUUUCUACAACACGCAAGACUCAACGGAUCCAAGCCACGUCCUCGGGGGCUUCUUCGGCCAGUCCAGCUUCGCCUCGCACGCAAUUGUGCAAGAGAACUCUCUCAUCAAAGUCCCAAAAGACACCAACCUGGCCCUCCUCGCGCCGCUAGGCUGCGGUAUUCAAACCGGUGCCGGCUGCGUCAUCAACACAUUAGCCGUGAAGAAGGGUUCUAGCAUCGCCAUCUUCGGGGCCGGUGCUGUAGGAUUGAGCGCCUUGAUCGCAGCGAAGAACGUUAGCGCAUCCCCCAUCAUCGCAGUCGACUUGGUCGAGUCGCGGCUCGAUCUCGCGCAAGAGCUGGGCGCGACGCAUGUCUUCAAAGGCGACGACAAGAACCUCGCAGAGGAGAUAAGAAAAUUGACGGCGAUGACGGGAGGGGUGCAGUAUGGCAUCGAUGCGACGGGUGUUGUGCCGGUGAUCGAGCUGAUGAUCGAUGUACUGGGAAUACUAGGGAAGGCGGCAACGGUUGGGGUGACGGGGAGGGAUAAGAAGGUUGCGGUGGAUGCGACUAGCCUAAUGAGUCAGGGGAAGUCGUAUGUGGGAUGUACGGAGGGGGAUAGUAAUCCACCGGAGUUCAUUCCGUAUCUCGCUAGUGAGAUCGCUGCGGGGAGAUUUCCAAUUAAGAAGCUGGUUAAGACAUAUCCUGUGGCUGAGUAUCAGACUGCUCUUGCGGAUAUGCGUUCCGGAAAGACACUCAAGCCGGUGCUUCUCUGGAAGUAAGCGGGGAGUAUGAAUAACAAAAUUUGUCUCAAUAUACCAUGAC